AUGGCUGCCCUGGCGGAUGAGGUGCUGGACGGUUACAUGUACCCGGCGUGCGUCCCCUACUCGUACCCGUACCCCUACCCGCCGGCCGCCAAGAGCAAGGGCGCGGCGGGCGGGGGCGGCUGGCGGCACCGGGGUGGGGGCUACGCCCCCGCGUCGUCCUCCUCGUCGUCCUCCUCUGCCGGGGCGGCCGCGUCCUCUUUCCCGGGCUGCGGGCAGCUGACGGCCGCCGAGUACUUUGACAGCUACCAGCGGGCGCAGCUCAUGGCCCUCCUGUCGCAGGUGAGCCCGGGCCUGGGCCCGCGGCCCCGCAGGGCCAGCAGCCGGGACGUGGCGGUGCAGGUGAACCCGCGCCGCGACGCCUCGGUUCAGUGCUCGCUGGGGCGGCGCACGCUGCUGCGCAGGGCCUGCGACUCCGGUCCCCUGGCCGGCCCUGGCCUCGAGGGUGCGGGCGGCGGCGGGGGCUCGGCGUCCCCGCAGCCGGCGCGCCGGGGCGCGGAGCAGGGCAGCCCCCCGAGCGGCGCCCCGCGGCCCGUGCGCUUCCCGCGCACCGUCGCCGUGUACUCGCCCGUGGCCUCCCGCCGCCUCACCACCUUCCUGGAAGGGGCCGACGGCGCGGAGGGAGAGCGGAAGCCGGCGCCCCCGAGGCUCCGGGGCCCCGAGGAGGGAGAGGGGUCGGCGAGGAAGGCGCCCCAACGGCCGCGGCCCGCAGAGGAGGAAGGGGACGAAGACGAGGCCCAGGCCGCGGUGCGGACGAGCUGGGAGCCGCCGGUCGCCGGGCCCGGGUUGCCGCCGCGGGAGACCGGGACAGGUGAGGCGGCCCGGCGGCGCGCGCCCAGGAGCCCGGAGCAGCCCCCGCCGGCGGGGCGGGCCCAGGACGCCGCCGGCGAGAGGUCGUCGCCCCGGAGCCCCGAGCAGGCCAAGGAGCGGCCGCGCUUCCAGUUCUUAGAGCAGAAGUAUGGCUACUAUCACUGCAAGGACUGCAACAUCCGAUGGGAAAGUGCCUACGUGUGGUGUGUGCAGGGCACCAACAAGGUUUACUUCAAGCAGUUUUGCAGAACUUGUCAGAAGUCUUAUAACCCUUACCGAGUGGAGGAUAUCACCUGUCAAAGUUGUAAACAGACUAGAUGCUCCUGCACUGUAAAACUCCGCCACGUUGACCCUAAAAGGCCCCAUCGUCAAGAUUUGUGUGGGAGAUGCAAAGGCAAACGCCUGUCCUGUGACAGCACUUUCAGCUUCAAAUAUAUCAUUUAA